UAGAUUCACAACAUUAAUGUUAAAUAGUGAACAGGUGAUUUGGUUGACGUCUUAAUUGGGGCUACUUUUCUUUAUUAAUUUUCUGUCCAGCCCUUUGUGUACCUGUUAAUUGGUACUAUAGUGUUCUACAUUUUCUGCAAAUAAUUCAAAUAACCUUAAAGCAAACUAAUGCAAACAUUUCACUUUUAACGACACACUUGAUCAAUUCCAAAUUCCUUUUCCUAUCUCUUAGAAUUAACAUUACAGCGAUACCUGUAUGCUUACGGGUGCUAAUUUGGUCCUAAAAUGACCACGGACAAAACAUCAAAGGAUCUCGAGCUAACCAUUCGUCAAUUGUUGAACAAACUCAGUCACUCCAAUUUCGACGAGGUUUUGCAAGACUUUACGAGCAUAAAUGCCAAUGAUAUCAAUCACGUGGCAAGUCUCGUCGUUGACAUUAUGCUGAGUAAGGUGGACCGGAAUCCAUGGAGGGCCAGCGUAUUUGCACGAUUGAUAUCCAAAUGGCGUCGUCCUAAGUUGAGAAAAGUAAUCGUGAAGCGAUGCAAGGCAGAAUUCCUACUAUAUGCCAGCAUAUUUGCCAAUAAUAUGGACACGUUUAAAAGAUUGGGGGAUAGCUUGGAGUCCACUGAUAUGAGCACAUUCAAGGCAAUUGUUCGACUACUUGGGGAAUUGUACAACUGUCACGCAUUAAGCAAUAAGAAAAUUAUGAAUUGUGUCGAUGUUGUUUUACAGAGGUACGAUGAUUUGAACGUGACGAUCCUGUGCAUCUUGAUAAGGACGAUUGGACGAAAGUUGGAUAAGACAGUUAGAGAAUUUAGCGAAGAAAUGAAAUUGAAGAAGGGUAAAAAACGAUUGAAAAAGAAAUUCAUACAACGUGUCGAACACCUGUUUGAGGCCCUGGCUUCUCGAAGGAAUAGUCGAUCUUUGUCUUCAAGUUCAAAAACUGAUCUCGAGGAGAUUUUGCAACUUCGAAAGAACAGUUGGAAAACGGGGGAAGUUUCAAGCACUUCAAGAUCAGGAAAUAACGCAAAUUAUGUGUAUUUGGCGAGUGACCAGGAUGUCGAAUUAACCAUUCGACAAAUGCUGAACAAGCUCAGCCAUUCCAAUUUCGACCAGGUUUUGCAAGAGUUUACAACCUAUCACUACUUAAAUGGCGGCGAGGUUAACCUGAUAAGUCUCAUCGUUGAUAUUAUAAUGAAGAAAGUGGUCAAGAAACCCACGUCGGCCGGGGUUUUUGCAAGAAUGAUAUCCAUUAGUGAUCGUUCAUCCGAAUUGAGAAAAAGAAUCUUGGACCGAUGUCAAUUCGAAUUCCACUCAAUUGUUGCCGAUGUGGAUAAGAUUAAUGAAUCGGAAGAUAAUUUAUUAGAUAACGAUGGAAUUUCAGAAGAAUUUGACAAAACCAAGUCAGAAUGUAUUAAACGAAGUGGAGGUCAGAUUCGACUAAUUGGAGAGCUGUACAACUACGAAAUACUCAGCCAAAGAACAAUCAUGCGGUGUGUCACCGUUCUUUCAAAGAGGCACGAUGAUGUAAGCGUGGCGAUUCUUUGCGCCCUGAUAACAACGAUUGGUCUCAAGUUGGAUAAGGCAGUCAAUCAAUUUAAGGAAGAUAAACAAACGAGCCUAAACUUUUCAAAAUUGAAGGAUGACGCAGAAUUCGUGCACUGGAUUGAAACCCUGUUUCGAGACCUGGAUGAUCAACUUACUAGUGGAUGUUUUUCGUCGCUAAAUUCGGAAACUGCAAUCGAGGAAAUUUUGCAAGUUCGAGAGAACAAUUGGAAAACUGAAGACGCUCUGACGACUUCAAAAUUAAGCGAUAACGUAAAUUUGGACUUGGCGAAUGACGUGGAUUUCCCGAGACUGUGUAAUAAUGAUUUGGAGUCGAGUAAUAUUCCAAAAACUUCAAGCCGAAUGUCCACAUCGUCAAAUUCUACUUCAGAUGCAUUCUUCGGAGAGGGAGAUGAUUUUGUAUCCAAACGAUUUGCAGAAUUGACCGAUGUCAUGUCUUCCGUAAAAUUGAGGGCUUACUUGGCUACAGAAAAGGAGGAGGGAUUCGACCCCAUGAAAGCGCAACUAGAAAACUCGAGAGAUUCGAUAUCUUGUUGGAGAGGAAAAUCCAACGUGAUUCGUGGGGGGGCAAAUGCAGGACCUCCCCGAAGUGUUAGUUCAAUCGAAAACGGCGAAAUUGAAGCUUCGUUGCCAUCAUCGUCAUCUUCUCCGCCCCAGCUCAAGUAUUUAUCCAUGUACACAAAUUACGACAGAAUGCUUACACAGAUGCCUCCCGAAGUCGUGGAAGAUAUAAACAUGGAAAUUUCUGCGAUUAUCUACCAGCGAUUCAAAUAUUACAAAGAACGCGAGAGCUUUUCUAGGAGCCAAAACGAAUUUGAAAACGACAUGUUUACGUACAAUAGUUGAGAUACAGACUAAAUUUCAAGGUUUGGAAAUUUAGUGCACCACCAUCAAAAUACAAAGGAUAGGAGUCGCGUACCUUAUUUAAGUGGAACAUAUCUAAUUUUCUGUGAUAUUGAUUUAGGUAAAUAGUCCCAUGUGAAAUUGCAUGAUACCCUUAUUAAAUAAUAUUUAUGAAUGAAUGAAUCAAUAUUUAUUGGUAUCCUUUUUGAGGCCGCUUACGGGCCCAUGAAGGUACAGUCGUAUACAAGCGUAUGUCAAGUUAACAUGAGUUCAUAAAAUGUUAAUUGCAUAAGUAAUAAAUGUUUAGAAUUCCAGUGUAGAUUUGAAAAUUAAA